AUGAUUUCCAGAGCAUUGUUUUCCAAAGAACUCUUCUCGCGAUCCAUCUUGAAGAGCAAUGGAGGUAUUCUGGUGGCUGCCCUGAAGGGAAUGACACGGUCGAUGGAGAAACAUCCAGCUGCCAAACCUAUGAUGGUCUUGGGCGCUGGAGUAAUCCUGUCGCAACGAGUUUUCCAAGGAUAUCCAUCAAUUCCUCUUUUUCGAAGUGCCGAGGAUGAAGAAAGUCGUCCAACAACGGAUGAAGAUUCAAACUGCAAUGAGGAGGAGGAUAAUGAUUCCAAGCUCCCCAUGACGGCGGCUAUGGUUGGGACGAUUGGCAUCUACAAGAACUACAUCAGUCCGCUUCUACCACCUGCCUGUCGGUUCUUACCAACGUGCUCUCAAUAUGGUGUGCAAGCGAUAGAGGAAUUCGGACCAACCAAGGGCUGUGUUUUGACGGCAUGGCGACUCCUACGGUGCAGUCCGUUCGGUGGAAGGGGUUAUGAUCCACCAAAGUGGCCUCCUGUACCGUAUAAUUAUGGUAGCUACUAG